AUGCAGGACAAUGUCGAGAAGCCGGGGCGAGAGGAGCAAAGCAACCUUUCUGGUUAUUUCUAUGGCGCUCAAGUGAGCGAGGACGUGAAGGCCCACCUUUCUCGGUACUACGCUGCGGUAGACACAUCUGGCAGUCACGAAGAGUACGCCAGGUCUUUUACAGAAGAUGCAGUCUUGACGCUACCGACCGGUUCCCACGUACGUGGUCGUGAUGCGCUCCGACUCUUGCAUCAAGAUCUGCGGAAGGGCGACAUCGAGAGACGGAAGCAUACACCGAGCAAAGUGUUCACCAGUGGCCCCGACGCCACGGAGCUUGUCAUCCUCGGCACGGUCGAAUACUGGGCCAAAGGCGGGCAAUACACGAAAAAGAAUAUGAUAAGUCAUUUCGAGUACAGGCGUGAUUCGGUGGACGGAGACAUAGAAGUGUGCGCACUGGCCGUUUGGCUGAGCUGA